UUAAAUUAAGAACCUCGAAUUAUGUAAUUUAACAUCAAAAAAAGAAAAAGUGAACAUCGAUACAGCAUGGGAAGAUAAAGCUUGAGCCUUCGAACUUGAAGAAGUAUUAUUAGCAUGUGCAAUUGCGUCCCUUUGAUCCCCUUUCCCUCCUCCAUUGUCAAAAUUAGAAAUCCAUUGCUCAAAAAUCCACAAGUUUCAGAUACCCAUUUCCCAAUUAUCACCAAUAAUGGCCGAUUACAGUUCCUUGGAUGCUGUAUGAGAGCUACCCCAUCUUCAAGUUCAAGCGUAGAGGGAGAUGGAUAUGGGCAGUUGGAGUUUGACGAUGAUGAAUUGGAGCUCAAACGACGUCGUACCGAUGCUACCUUGGAGAAAAUUAGUGACAAGGAGUUGAAGGGGAAGAAGGGCAACAAGAAUGGGGAUAAAUUGGUUAGCAGGAAGCAACUGAUGAAGAGAUCAAAUAUGGUGGCCAAGCAAGUGAUAAGCAUCCAAUCUGCUCAAACCUUAGGCUUUGUGUCUCAAUUAUGGGUGGAUACUACUGCAUGGUUAGUGUUGGCUAUGGAGGUAAGGCCAAGCUUGCUUGCUGGGCAAUCAGAAAGGAUUCUUCUACAAGACAUCAACAAGGUUGGUGAUGUUGUCCUUGUUGAAGAUGAGAGAGUGAUGGAUAAUGACUUUAAGAUGGUUAGACUCGAGACUCUGGUAGGAUACCGAGUUGUAACACCAAGAUAUCGAAACAUCGGGAAGGUUCGGGGCUAUACUUUCAACAUUAAUUCAGGGGCUGUUGAAUCUCUUGAGCUCGAUUCUUUUGGGAUAUCCAUCAUUCCAUCAAGUUUGGUGAGCACUUAUGCUUUGCUUGUCGAGGAUGUGCUUGAAGUUAUAGCUGACAGAGUAGUCGUUCACGAAGCUGCAGCCUCACGCUUACAGAGGUUGACAAAGGGUUUUUGGGAUGCCCAAAGUUUGGAAGUGUCCUUAGAAGAACACAUAGAAUAUGGUGGUGAUGAAGGGUCGGAGGGAUUUCGUGAUGGUCGGAGAAGUAGGCGACGUUCCCGUGGCCGUAAACCACGUUCGAAGUCAAGGGAAGCAGAUGAUGAUUGGGAACUUCCAAUAGAUUAUUUUUGAAUUUGUUAAGGUAUCCAUGCUUUCUUCCAUAGAUAGAUGUGUAUCAAUUGUAAUCACUAUAAGAAGAUCAUCAAUAAGAAAAACUAAUUUCUUAGUGAAGUUAAAUUAGAAUAGAUUUGUAUUAUUUACUUCUAAUCAUUCUAUUACUACUAAUACACAAAACUCUUGAAAUCUGAAUUUCAAUAA